AUCUCCACAUUUCCUCACUCCAGUGCUGGUGCAGUGAACUACUACCACGACCUCCAAAAAAUACUUUCAGAAUUGGCAAAUGGCGCAGCUGAGAGCGUUCGCCGACGAGCAGCAGCAAGAAGCGCUGCACGGCCACGGCGGCGACAGCAACAGCAACAAGAAGGCGCGCGCGGGCCUGUGCGGCGUGCUCCGGGAGCGCAAGGUGGUGGAGCUGGCGCGCGCCAAGCGCCGGCUGGUGGAGGUCCCCUACACGGCGACGCUGGCCAACGCGGCCAACGCGCUCCUCGCCGGCCGCGUCUCCGCCGCCACCGUGGCCGCGCCGCCGGGCCACUGGAUCGGGGCCGGCGGCUCCUUGAUCGUCGAGUCCGACCCCGCCACCGGCGCCGCCCGCAAGCACUACAUCGGCAUGGUCAACAUGCUCGACAUCCUCACCCACAUCGCUGAGACCGGCCACGACGACGACGCCGACGCCACCGCCGUCGAGGAUGGCGGUGGCUCGCCGCCGGUCGACCUCGACCGCCGCAUGUCCGUGCCGGUGUCCUCCGUCAUCGGCCACUCCUUGGAGGGCCUCACCCUGUGGACGCUCCACCCAAACACGAGCUUGCUGGACUGCAUGGAGACGUUCAGCAAGGGCGUGCACCGCGCGCUGGUGCCGCUGGAGAGCUCGGCGGACAACGUGGUGGCGGUGGAGCUGGUGGAGUCGGCGCCGGUGUACAGGAUGCUCACCCAGAUGGACGUGGUGAGGUUCCUGCGCGCGCACGGCGCGGAGCUCGGCGGCGUCCUGUCGCGCACCGUCCGUGAGCUCGGCGCGGCGAGCGAGGCCGUGCUCGCGGUGGCGAGCCGCACCAAGGUCAUCGAGGCCAUUAGGACGAUGCGGGCGGCGUCGCUCACGGCCGUGCCCGUCGUCGACGCCCCCGUCGACGCCUACAUCCUGCAGGACGGGAGAGGGAAGAAGGUGGUGGAGACGUUCUCGGCGACGGACCUGCGCGACUGCCCGGUGGCGCAGCUGCGGUCGUGGCUGGGGGCCAGCGUGGCGGAGUUCAAGGACAAGGUGGCCGAGUACCGGCGCGAAGGCAGCAGGCCCCUCGACGCGGCGGCCGGCGUCCAAUCCCCAGACGAAGGCGACACCAACACCGCCGUGGACGCCGGCACCGGCAACGAAGAAGAGAAGCCGCCGCGGCCGCGGGAGAUGGUGACGUGCUCCUUCGAGAGCACGCUCGGGGAGGUGAUCGAGAAGGCGGCGGCGAGCCACGUGCACCGGCUGUGGGUGGUCGACGACGAGGGGGAGGAGGAGGGGAUGCUGCGCGGGGUGGUGUCGCUGACCGACGUGCUCCGGGUGGUCAGGGAGGCCGCCAUCGGCGAGGACAUGGAGCUCCACGGCAUCGUGUCGUCCUAGAGGAACAUUUAGCGGUGUGCUUCCGACGGGGGGCGGGCGUGUUUCGUUUUGUGUCCCACACUGCCCAUGCCGCGCGUCUUUUGCUAGAACUGUCGUGUAGUGUAACGUGUCUCGGUUUUAGAUUGUUUCAGCCAGACUUUGCCACUAGCAUAACUUUUUGGUGCUUUCCUCUUUGUGUUUUUAUAAAAGCCUUUCAACUGGAUGUAA